AUGACGUCAUCAACAAACGAUGACGUCCCAGAUGAAAACAACGACAAACUUGGCGUCCUACAUUUCAGCGUGGCCUACAGUUCAAAAGAUUCGACCUUGACGUUGAAAAUUUUAAGGGCAAAUGACCUCGUAGCCAAGGACAUGUCGGGAACCAGUGACCCCUACGUUAAAAUCUUGUUACUGCCUGAUAAGAAGCAGAAGUUGGUGACGAAAAUUAAGAGGAAGAACUUAAAUCCGAGGUGGAAUGAGACGUUUGCGUUCGAAGGAUUUCCGUACACGAAGCUCGUGAAUCGCACCCUCUACCUUCAGGUCCUCGACUACGACAGAUUCAGCCGGGAUGAUCCCAUCGGCGAACUCUGCAUCCCCCUGGCCGACCUUGACCUUUCGAAAGUUCAAACCUUCUCGAGGUCACUGCAACCUUGCAAAAGUUCUGUUGGUAAACUGGGAGAGUUGCAAGUGUCGCUGAACUACGAAGGCAGUGUUGGAGUCAUCAGCGUUGGCAUCGUCAAGGCAAGGAAUUUGAAAGCUAUGGACAUCAACGGCUCAUCUGAUCCUUACGUUAAAGUCUGGUUAAUGCACGAUGGCAAAAAAGUGGAGAAGAAGAAGACUGAGACGAAGGAGAAAGACUUGAACCCAACAUUCAAUGAGACCAUGAUGUUCACCGUCCCGUACGAACGCAUCCGGCAGACCAGCUUGGUCGUCUCUGUCAUGGAUUACGAUCGUAUGGGCAGGAAUGAACCUAUUGGCCAAUUAAUCCUAGGCAAUAAGAGCGGGCCUAUGGAAGUAAAACACUGGAAUGAGAUGUUCGCGAAGAGUCGGACGAACGUUGUCAAGUGGCACAUAUUGAAGGAUUUCAGUUGA